CGGCGUGGCGCGGGCAGCAGCCGGGCGAGAUGUCAAGACUCAAUCACCGUUUACGAUCCACGCCGCGUUGCCGCAGUUUGGCACGGCCGCAUGGCAUUCUGUAAUCUGUAUGGAUGAGAAACAAGAAAUCUUUUUUCCUUGCGAGGGAUUAAGGAUGUGGGGAAUAUACAGCGGCUAUGGCGGUUUUGAUCGAGGAAGGAACGGGUUAUAUUUUUUUUGUUUUAUUUUAUUUUAUGUUUUUUUUUUUUUUUUUUUAUCUAUGUUUGUCUUUGUGCUUCAAUGUCAACUCUUUUCUCGGAAAUAAUUCAACGUUAUUUUUGCAAAGGGCUCUUUUUUUUAUCUCCGCA